AUGACGUUCCUGCAGCUGAUGCGUUCCCCUCACCUCUCCUUCAUCCAGACUGUUGUGUCCCUCUUCCUCGGCGGCGUGGCGCUCAUGUCUUCAUACUGGUGCGUUGGUAAACAGAAGGUGCCAAAGCCGCUCUGCUCUCCCAUCAAGCACAGCAACUGCAUCCCCGUCCCCGGCCUCUCCAACUCCAGCAUCCAGUUCUCCUGGGAGACCGGGGACGACCGCUUCGUCUUCCCCACCUUUCACACCGGCCUGUUCAUCACCUGUGAGGAGAACAUCUACACGGACAAAUGGGCGAUGAUGUGGCUGUCGCUGUCCAUGGAGCUCAUGUACGUGGGUCUGCUGGUGGUCAGCUGCAUUCUGCUGUCUGUGCAGUUGUGUAUCAGGGCCUGGUGUCCCUCCACGCAGCGCUGGGGUCAGCUGCUCAACGCCUUUGCUGCUGUCUUCACCGUCCUAGGAGGUCUGGUUGGGAUGGUGGGUCACAUGAUGUACAUGCAGGUGUUUCAGACCACAGCUUCAAUGGGACCAGAGGACUUUAAACCUCACAGCUAUGGCUACUCCUGGGCUUUCUAUGUUGCCUGGCUCGCCUUCACCGUCUGCAUGUCCGCCGGCGUCUCCACACUCAACAACUACACCAAGAAGGUGCUGAUGGUGGGACCCCGACAUUACUCCAGCCUCAACCCCUGCAGCUUCAACUUCGUUGGGCUCCUUCCUCCUUAUUACACCCCUGCCAACCCGGACAAUGCCAUCUCACACUUGUCUCCUUACUACGCCCCCCCUGCCUCAGCGAUACCUCCCCCUCCUCCGAGGCUCACACACUCUGACUCCUUCCCUCCCCCUCUCUCUCAUCCUGCGCCUGCCUCACCGUACCACCGCCUCUCCCUCCCCUCUCCUUCGCUCAGACCUGCCGUGUCCAUCGUGUCGCUGCCGGGACACCAGGAGGAGCGCUACGAGCCGGAGGACGACUUCAGCCCGCUCUGA